AUGAAGCAGGAGUCGCCUACCAUUGCGACCGACCUGGGCGAAACCCCACCGUUCCCACUGAAGCGACCCCGCGAUGCGAGCGCAGAAGACCCCGAUGCCGAGUCCAAAAGAUUAAAGGUCGACGAGGAGGCUCCCUCCCUCGACCUCAACUUCGACAUGGACGCCAUGAUCCAGGGUGUCAUGAUGGACAUCAACAACGAGAUGGGCAAGGUCGACGGUCUGGACGCCGUCCCCGAUGUGGACAUGACGGCGGACCCGUUGGCCUCUGUGUCGCAAGACUCUAACCACUCCACCGAGCCGCACGCGGUUGUUCUCUCCGAGCCGCUGGCCUUGAUGAGGCGCAUUACUACCUCAUGUUUGUCAAACUUUGCCAUGCAGCUCCUUGUCAUCAUGUCGCAACACGUUUACGAUGAUGUGUACCGGCAGUUGCAAGACAAGGACACCGAAAUCUCAAAGUCUUACAGCACGCUAAAGACCCUGUUCCGACAAACGCGAUCGAUUUACUCGACUACCGACCUUAUCUUGGACCCCGCUGUACUAGACCUGACUGCGCCAGACAAUCUGACCGACAUCCAAGUCGCCAACCUUGCAAGCUUCUGCUGCGAACUUUUCGCGUUCGACGGGCACCAUGAGUUGGCCUCGCAACAGCUUCUAGCGUUGAAAGACAGAUUUUUCUCCGUCUUUCUGUCCGGUGACGAGAGCAUCUCGCACGAGAUCUCCGAACUGUUCGUCGCAGUCAAGACACAAUUGGUCAUCGAGUCUGUAACAACAGCGGACCAGUCAGCACCGGUUGAUCAGUUGAUCGCUGGGGCUUUCUCUUCUGAUCUGGAAGACAAGCUGCGCGCGCGGCAUGAUGGGACUGAGCUGACCCCCGAGGAGAAGGCCAUGGUGAUGGCUGUGGAGGAGCGUAAAACGGGCCUGAUUGCUUAUGCUUCAGGCCUCCCUGAUACCGGUUGGUCCCCAGACGCCGGUCUCCUGUGA